UCUGUGUUUUCUGUCUCUGACAGUCGAGGCUCCUCGGAGAGAUAAAUGACGGAUCCGGGGCCCUUAAUGGCGUCUGCAGAACUGCAGAUAAAUCUGACAGCAACACAAUGGUGUGUGAGAUGAAGAACUGGAGGAGGAACAGCUCAUCACCAUCUCUCAUCACCACCUCACGGUGAUUUUUGAGCCUGUUUGUUGUAGUAUAAAACAUUUCAGAGCCACGAGGUUAGAAAUGUGGAUUUUUGUUCUUCAUUAAGAGCUUUGAUCCUGCUCAGGAGGCAGGAAUACAGCCUCGAUGGAGCUCCCGUCAACAUAAACCGAGUAGGAAGAGUCUAGCAGAGGGUUUAUGAGUCUCGCCCACCCUCUCAUCAAUCCCAGCAGUAUAGCUCUCUCUCUCUCUCUCUCUCUCUCUCUCUCUCUCUCUCACACACACACACACACACACACACACACACACACACACACACACACACAUACACACACACCUUCUCAGCCACAGUGCAGUGUGUGAAAAUGCUCUGGUGUGGAGUUUGUCUCCUGUCCCUUUGGCUCAGCAGUGUUUGGACUCUUCCUUCCACCAGCAUGAAGAUCACUCAGGCUCUGCCUCUACAGCUUCCUGACUCGAGUCAGCCCGCCGUCUGUCCGCUAUUCUGGACAGAGUUCGAUGGCUACUGCUACCGUUUCUUCCCCCAGAACCGCACAUGGGCUGAGGCUGACCUGUACUGCGCCGAGUUCUCCAAUGGCUACCGGUCAGGGAAACUGUCCUCCGUACACAGCUGGGAGGAGAACGUCUUUGUGUAUGACCUGGUGAACAGCCGUGUCCCGGGAAUACCCACGGAUAUCUGGAUCGGACUGCACGACCGCAGACAGGAAGGCACCAUGGAGUGGACGGAUGGAUCAAUUUACGAGUUCAGCUACUGGGAUGGAAACCAACCGGAUGACGGAAUCCACCGGAUCUCUGAGGAGGAGGACUGUGUAGAGAUCUGGUACAGACAGAACAGCGCACUCAGGUCCUGGAAUGACAACAGCUGUGACAAAGCUUUUCCUUUUGUGUGUAAAAUCCCCAUGCUGGAGCACUAAUGUCCUGUACUGAGCUCAUUACUGAGACACGGCCCUCUCACACACACACACACACACACACACACACACACACACACACACACACACACACACACACACACACACACACACACACACAAAACACUGCUGCUGAGAGCAUUGUCCAUAUGGGCUUCAUUUAAACUAGUGACUCAUCUCUCUCUCUCUCUCUCUCUCUCUCUCUCUCUCUCUCUCUCUCUCUCUCACACACACACACACACACACACACACACACACACACACACACACACACACACACACACACACACACACACAUCAUUUAGAAUCUGAAAUUCCAAAAGUCUCAGUCCAGUGGCACUUUCAGAGCGAUGCUCCCACCACCGUGCUUCACUGGAACAGGACAUUGUUUGGUUUCUUCUUUAUUCUCCUGCAGUGUUGUGACCAGGUGCCAAGAACUGCUAGGAUUAUUCCCUCUCUGACCACCAGAGGGGGUGCUGGCAGGUGUUUCUGCUCCUCAAGGCCACGUGUUCCCACCUUCGUCUUGUUAUUCCUGAUGUGUUCCUCUGUCCUGAUGUACCAGACUUUGUUCAUGCUGCGUUUUUGUGUCAUUGUCUCGGUUUAUGUAAUGUUUAUGCUUUUGUUAUGUUGUGUGUGUGUUAUGGGUGUGUUAUGUGUGUGUUAUGUGUGUGUUGUGUGUGUGUUAUGGGUGUGUUAUGGGUGUGUG